AUGCCUGUCGCCUUAACGAUCAAGAAGAUCGACGGGAAGCCUGGCAAGGUGUACUAUCCCCUCCAGCUCAAAGAGGUGCCCAAGCCCACCCCAGGCCCAGGCGAGGUCCUCAUCCGCCUCAACGCCGCCGCCCUCAACCACAGAGACCUCUUCAUCCGCCAGCACCUCUACCCAGGCAUCGCCUUCGGCCACCCCAUGCUGGCCGACGGCCAAGGCACCAUCCUCGCCCAAGGGCCCGACUGUAAACGCAGCGACCUCGCGCCCGGCGCCGCCGUCGUGCUCCUGCCCCUGCGCGGCUGGGACGCCCACCCAGACGGGCCCGAGGACCUGCGCCGCUACGCCGUCAUCGGCUCGACCCAGCUGUGCGACGCCGGCACCGCGCAGGAGUACAUUGUGUGCGCCGAGGCCGACGUCGAGCCCGCGCCGCCGCACCUCUCGGCCGCCGAGGCAGCGGCCCUGCCGCUCGUCGGGCUGACGGCGUGGCGCGCCCUGGUCACCAAGGCCGGCGCCCGGGCGGGCCAGAACGUCCUGGUCACGGGCGUGGGCGGCGGUGUGGCGCUGCAGGCCGUGCAGUUCGCCGUCGCCCUGGGCUGCGCCGUGUAUGUCACCAGCGGGGACAAGGCCAAGGUCGCCAGGGCCGUCUCCGUGGGCGGUGCCAGGGGAGGCGUCUCGUACCGGGACAAGGACUGGGACAAGCAGCUGGCGGAGCUGCUGCCCAAGGACAGGCCGUUCCUGGACGCCGUCAUUGACGGCGCUGGUGGGGAUAUCGUCGCCAAGACGGUGAGGCUGCUCAAGCCCGGCGGCAUCAUCUCGCAGUACGGCUUGACCGUGUCGCCCAAGAUGGACUGGUCCAUGUCCGCCGUCAUGAAGAAUAUCGAGCUGAGGGGGAGCACCAUGGGCUCGAGGCGCGAGUUCAGGGACAUGAUCGCCUUCGUGCGGGAGAAGCAGAUCCGUCCUGUCGUGAGCCGUGUCGUGAAAGGGCUGACCAACCUGGGCGAGAUCGACGGGCUUUUUGCCGACAUGAAGGAUGGGAAGCAGUUUGGCAAGCUGGUCAUCGAGAUCGCGCCCGAGACGGGACCAUCCUCUAAGUUGUGA